UCGCUACCUCAUGAGGGGAAAGAUGGUUAGGUUCUUGGAGUGAAGAGCAUACUACCAGAUGGAAAAUAAUGAUUGCUGAAUUGGAGGGGUAACUGGGCAGGCUUAAUACAAUUCCCAACAUGGCUAUGAGAGGUUGCCAUUGGAUGGAAGAUUUCAGUUGAGCACCUCAUUAUUCAGCAACUUAAGUACCCAGCUCUUGAUUUGAAGCAGCACUGUCAUCAGCAACUUUGCAGUAUGGUGUAAUGGAAUGUGACACCAGUGUUUGCUGCUGUUUUGGAAGGUCAGCUCUUGAGGUACAGAGGAUAUGUCAUAGCAGGACAGCUACCAUGGGGGCUAGAGCUACUGAAACAACCCGGGAACUGGAAAGCACCUCUCUAAAGUAUCAUCUAGGAGGAAACACUGAAAAAAUGUGGCAACGGCUCAAGGGAAUAUUAAGAUGCUUGGUAAAGCAGCUGGAGAAAGGCGACGUUAAUGUGGUAGAUUUGAAAAAGAAUAUUGAAUAUGCAGCAUCUGUGCUGGAAGCCGUUUAUAUUGAUGAAACCAGGAGGCUUUUGGAUACGGAAGAUGAACUCUCUGACAUCCAGUCCGAUUCAGUCCCGCUGGAAGUACGGGACUGGCUGGCUUCUACCUUCACAAGGAAAAUGGGGAUGAUGAAGAGGAGACCUGAAGAAAAGCCAAAAUUCCGAAGCAUUGUGCAUGCUGUACAAGCUGGGAUUUUUGUGGAAAGGAUGUAUCGAAGGACCUCUAACAUGGUUGGUUUGGCUUACCCAGCAGAUGUGAUAGUAACAUUUAAGGAAGUUGAUAAAUGGUCAUUUGAUGUGUUUGCCCUAAAUGAAGCAAGUGGAGAGCACAGUCUGAAAUUUAUGAUGUAUGAGCUGUUUACUCGAUAUGACCUUAUGAGCCGUUUCAAGAUCCCUGUCCCCAGUCUCAUUUCAUUUGCAGAAGCUCUGGAGGUUGGCUACAGCAAGUACAAAAAUCCUUACCAUAAUUUGAUCCAUGCAGCUGAUGUUACUCAAACUGUGCAUUACAUAAUGCUUCAUACCGGUAUCAUGCACUGGCUCACAGAACUGGAAAUCUUAGCAAUGAUUUUUGCGGCUGCAGUCCAUGAUUAUGAGCAUACUGGGACCACAAACAAUUUUCACAUUCAGACAAGGUCAGACGUUGCAAUUUUGUACAACGAUCGUUCUGUUCUGGAAAAUCAUCAUGUAAGUGCUGCUUACAGACUUAUGCAAGAGGAGGAGAUGAAUAUCUUGGCAAAUUUAACCAAAGAUGACUGGAGGGAGCUGCGUAGCCUGGUCAUUGAGAUGGUCCUAUCUACAGAUAUGUCAGGUCAUUUCCAGCAAAUUAAAACAAUGAGACACACACUGCAGCAGACAGAGGGGAUAGACAAAGCCAAAGCCAUGUCUUUGAUUCUUCAUGCAGCAGACAUAAGCCAUCCAGCAAAAUCCUGGGAACUACACUACCGGUGGACAAUGGCACUGAUGGAGGAAUUUUUUCGACAGGGAGACAAGGAGGCUGCUCUAGGGCUACCAUUUUCCCCACUCUGUGACCGCAAGUCUACAUUGGUGGCUCAAUCCCAAAUAGGUUUCAUUGAUUUCAUAGUAGAACCAACAUUUUCUCUUCUUACGGACUCAAUGGAGAAAAUUGUUAUUCCUCUUAUAGAGGAAGCUUCAAAAUCUGAAACUUCUGCCUUUGGGGCACCCAGCCAGAAUAGCUUGGGAGCAGUAAGCAAUGCUGAAACACAAAGAAGACCUAGUGUGAAAUGUACUACAACUGAUGGAGGGUCUUCCACAGAAAAUUCUCUAGCAACUGUAGACCUAAAAAGCUUUAAGGAGAACUUGGUACAGAUCAUUCAAGCAAACAAAGACAGGUGGAAAGAAUUAGCAGCUCAAGGAAACGAAAGAUCUGCAAUCCAAGAUAGGAGAAGAGCAGAAGUACAGGAGACAGUACCAAGCUGUAGAGAAAGUUCUUCACAAUCUGUUAAACCCUAUCCUGUCUCAACUCCACCAGCAAGUGUUCCAGCUAGUUCUGUACCACAGUCUUCUGAUAGUAAUAUAGCUGAGCCAAUGGAAGUCAACAUUUUAGUUUAUAAUGCAGACCCAUCAGAGCUCCUACAGCCACAAGACAGUGAUAUUAUGGAAACAACAGAGUCAUAUGAGGAUUUCAUAGGGAAUGAAGCUGCAUGGAGCAAAGUGGGUCAGGACGUAGAGUCAGAUAUACAAGAGAUGAGAGACAUGAUACCGAGGACGAGGAAUUUGCGUCCUAAUGAGAGUGAUGAUAUCAUCAUAGAGCAGUACAUACAUGAUGAUCCUCAACGUGAAUCCUGUGCACUAACCAGUCCCUUGGGUUGCCCUGCUGAAACUUUUCCAGAACAGACAGAUAACUUCUCUUUUUUUCAGGCAGCUUUGACUAAGAGUGACAUGGAAAUUUUAUCACUGUGGAAUGAAGAACUUGUGAGAAAUGUUGGUGAACAGCAAAAAGACCAAAGCAGAAAGUCCACAGAUGCACAAUUACAGGAAGAAGCAGCAAGGACACAAAAUGAGAGUAGUCAGGGAAGUGAUGGCACAGCUGUACCAAGACCCUCUACUCCUAGAACCAUCGUCCUACAAGUAAUCACUUUCGACUCUUCUCCUAGUGAAUCCAGCUUGGAGAAAUUCAUUAACUCUGAUCCAAACCAGAAAGAUCUCACCAAGGCACAGCAAGAAACACAGCCCACAGACCCAUUAAAUGCUCUGCUUGCAAUGCCACCACCAAGGACACACAGGGUACCAAGGAAGGCUGCCACCAAUGCAUGCACAGACAGGUUUGUGAAUGUCCUCAGAGACUGUGAGUAUUGGCUGCAUGAGAUGGUGAGACAGAUCCAUCUGGCUAUGGACAGAUUCAUGACUGUCCAGCACAACAGGAAUCACUCCAAGUCCAAGAGGCAUUCCCAGACCCAGGAGAAUCGGCAAAUAAUGGCUGGGCUCCUUGAAAUGUUUCUAUGCCUGCUGGUGACUGGUCUUGCUCCUUCCCAGGAGUGGGACAGGCUGGUAUGGAUCCAUGCUCUGCCAUCCACCAAUUCUCAGUCAAGCUUGGAAAGUGGACCUUAGAGCCAAGAUCUUUUAGUUAGAAAUGAUUAUUGCUUAGAUUGAUUUUUUUUCAUGAAUCAUGCAUUGUUACGGUAGUAAAAAGAAAUUCCUCUGUUGUAGUAAUUAUGGAUUGUUAUCUUAUAA